CUUUUUGGUCGCGGGUCGGGUUCGGAUUUGCACGUGGUUCCCGCCUCAACAACAAAAUUCAACCCUCCUUUCUAUUUUGUUAUCGGUUUUGCUGGAGGCGCCUUACCUAGUUCCCAUCAAAUUUCACCUUCCCGAAUCUCGCUCUUCAUCUCCGUUAACGAUGAGUGGAGACAAUUUUAGUGAUGGGUCAUGCCGAACACGCCCUGUUCUAGGAGAUAUAACAAAUCGGUCAGUCAAAAGGAGGUUUUUUUCAGUUUCAGGUGAUUUAGGGUUGAAAUCAAGAGAUGGGUAUCACGAGAAUGCGGAAAAUGAACAUGGAGAAUUACAAAUUGCGAAGCAAGUAUGGCUAGGUGUCGAGAAUUUAAUCAGAGAAAAACGUACACACCAACCUAGAGUAGAUUGCUCUAGUGAAAAGCAGUCUUCUGAUUCUUCACCUACUAAAAUGGGUCUAACUGAUGCUUCUGCCAAGAAUAUUGCCUCUAUUGAUGGGGGGAAAUCUGAUGAGAAUAUGAAGACAACAUCUUUGUUGGAUGGCAAUACAAUUGGGCAUGGUGUUGCGGAAGAAGAAGAUGCAUCAAGGGAAGAUUGUUUUUUUAGUGGUUUGCCUGAUAAAUGCUCUCAGACAUGCCAGAAAAAUGGUGACAAAGAACCAAUUCUUGUUUCUAGUACCAAAGAAAGUAGUAUUUGCACGAGUGAAGCAUUAGACGGUAUUGUUUUUGAGAAUGAUGGUAAGGAUCUUGGUGUUGGUAGGUUGGCCUCAGACAAAGGUGGGUCAAGUGAGUUGUCAAAGUUGCAUAAGACACCGAGUUAUAGAUCACUUGAAUUGGAUAGGUGUGUGGGGAUCAAGAACGAUGGUUGCACAAAUUUGAAUUUGGAUGUUAAAUUGUUUAAAGCAUGCUCAUGUUCAUUUUGCUUGAAAGCUGCGUAUAUUUGGUCAGACCUCCACUACAAAGAUAUAAUGGGUCGUUUAGAUGUAUUGGAGAAAAGUCAGAAGGAAGCAGGCAUCUUGGCUCAGAAAAGUGGAAGAGAAAAGCAGACUGAUGUUCAUGGCCUAGGAUACAAUAGCCAAUCUUCAAAAUUAGAAUCUGACCUCAUGAGUCAGUGGAGGUUAUUCUUUCUUAAAAUGGAGGAUAUAUUUGUUCGUGAAAGCAACCAGCUUAAAGCCAGUUGCAUUACACUAAAUGAUUUGAGAGAAGAAUUGCUAGAUGGAUCGCAAGAGGGCUGCAAAGACUGACAAACAGUAAAGUUCGCAUUUAUGAUCUCUGUUUUAGGAUUUUCUUUUCAUUCUAGUUCUAGUUUGUGUUUGUAUAUGAGCACAUGCUUGUACCUUUAUCAUAUUCUAGGUUCUUGUUAGCAAGAUUUCUCUAUGUACCUCCCCAUUUCUUAGCUCUAUCUGUAAUAACUUUUUUUUUAUGCA